GGCUUGACAGCAGUACGGAACUGGGGCGCGUUGAGGAUAGACAACCCUUGGCGAAAUUCUCAUGAAUUUGUCUUCAACGUGCUCAAACCUCCACCCGGGGCGUCCACAAUCAUAUCGCUGGACUAAAACAUCUUUCGUUGAAGCUUCGUGUCCGAUUAAAGUCGUCUCGGUGGACAUUGGUGUUUCUCGGCCUCGUUUAGCUUCGUUUAGCUUGCUAGUCGCGAACAAAGAGGCCCUCGUGCUCAACACAUCGCUGCACGGAAAUGAUAAGCGUAAAGAGUUGUUGCAAUGUUCGCACCAUAUGCACAAGAAGAACAUUAGAAUACGAGGAGGAACUUUGUAAAGAAAAAGAGGACCACAAGGGACACCGUCAAUUGCUGGACGCCAUUUGCAGGAUGCGGCCAAGAAUUGUUCUUCACAGAUUAGAUAUCAGUGAAGAUGCUUGUCCUGAGCAGCUGGAUGCAGAGCCCUUUCACAUGAAAGAAGAGGAGGAAGAACAGCAGGUCCGAAACAUUAAAAGAGAGGAGGAUCCAGAUUACCCUUGCACGAAAGAUGAUAUCAGCAAAGAUGCUUUUCCUGAGCGGCUGGAUGCAGAGCCCUUUCACAUUAAAGCGGAAGAGGAGAGCAAAGAACAACAGCAGGCCCCAUACAUCAAGAGAGAGGAGGAGCGGCUGGAUGCAGAGCCCUUUCACAUUAAAGAGGAAGAGGAGAACAAAGAGGAAGAACAGCAGAUCCCAUACAUUAAAAGAGAGGAGGAGCCAGAUUACCCUUGCAUGAAAGAUGGUGAAAACACAUCAUUAAAUGUUGAUGAUGAUGAGGAUGAAGAGUCUAAUGGUGAUCUGACAUGUCACACUGACAACAAACCCUGGAAAUGUUGUCAGUGUGGGAAGAUGUUUACUUGUCAGAGUGCUUUGAAAAGACAUGUGAGAAUCCACACUGGUGAGAAGCCUUUUGCCUGCUUAGUUUGUGGCCACAGAUUCUUUGAGAAGGGAACCUUGAAAAGACACACCAGAACACACACUGGUGAGAAACCUUUUUCCUGCUUUGUUUGUGGCCAAGGAUUCUCUGAUAAGGGAAAUUUAAAAAAGCACGGAAGAAUACACACUGGUGAGAAACCUUUUUUCUGCUUAGUUUGUGGCCAAAGGUUCUCUCGCAAACCACAUUUACAUGCUCACAAAAGAACCCACACUGGUGAGAAACCUUUUGCCUGCUUAGUUUGUGGCCAAAGAUUCUCAAUGAAGGGAAGCUUAAAAAUACACGCAAAAACACACACUGGUGAGAAACCUUUUUCCUGCUUAGUUUGUGGCCAAAGAUUCUCUCAGAAGGGAACCUUAAAAAUACAUACCAGAACACACUCUGGCGAGAAACCCUAUUCAUGCUCAGUUUGUGGUAAAAGAUUCCCCCAUAAGGGAAACUUAAAAGUACACACAAGAACCCACACUGGUGAGAAACCUUUUGCCUGUUUGGAUUGUGGCCAAAAAUUCUCUGACAAGAGAACCUUAAAAAGACACACCAAAACACACACUGGUGAGAAACCUUUUGCCUGUUCAGAUUGUGGCCAAAGAUUUUCUCAGAAGGCACAUUUAAAAAAUCACACGAGAACCCACACUGGUGAGAAGCCUUAUGCCUGUUCAGAUUGUGGCCAAAACUUUUCUGACAAGAGAAACUUUAAAAGACACACCAGAACCCACACUGGUGAGAAACCUUUUUGCUGCUCAGUUUGUGGCCAAAAAUCCUUUGACAAGAGAACCUUAAAAAACAUACCAGAACACACACUGGUGAGAACAAACAACAUGUAUGAAUCAGAGUUAAAAUGAUAAAUUCUAAAGAUUAAAUAUAAUGAUAAAUCAGAACAAAGUUGAUAGAGAAAGGUAUUGAAUUAUCCAUGAUGAAUACAAGAGAAAAUUGACACAAGAGUGCCAGGGUGUGGAUGUAUAUAAUCCCGAUACAAACCAAAAGUCGUAGAAAUAUCACGGUAAAGGGUAAAGUAUGAGCCUUAAUGGAGACUUCUUUCAUCUUACUUUUUUUCUUUUCUGAUUGAUAUUAAAUGAUGUAUUAUAUAUAAACACAUAAAGGGGUUGGGCUACAUGUUUUUUACUUCUUCCUACUCCCUUGACCAUAAUAACUGUUGAAUAAAGACUGAUUUCUUUCUUUUUACUAUUGUAUCUACCUUAUUUUCUGUCAAAUUAUUACUGUAUAUGUUUUAUGUUCAAUAAACAAACCAAAUAAUUUCCUGCUCAGUUUGUGGCCAAAAAUUCUCUGACAAGAGAACCUUAAAAAACACACCAGAACACACACUGGUGAGAACAAACAACAUGUAUGAAUCAGAGUUAAAAUGAUAAAUUCUAAAGAUUAAAUAUAAUGAUAAAUCAGAACAAAGUUGAUAGAGAAAGGUAUUGAAUUAUCCAUGAUGAAUACAAGAGAAAAUUGACACAAGAGUGCCAGGGUGUGGAUGUAUAUAAUCCCGAUACAAACCAAAAGUCGUAGAAAUAUCACGGUAAAGGGUAAAGUAUGAGCCUUAAUGGAGACUUCUUUCAUCUUACUUUUUUUCUUUUCUGAUUGAUAUUAAAUGAUGUAUUAUAUAUAAACACAUAAAGGGGUUGGGCUACAUGUUUUUUACUUCUUCCUACUCCCUUGACCAUAAUAACUGUUGAAUAAAGACUGAUUUCUUUCUUUUUACUAUUGUAUCUACCUUAUUUUCUGUCAAAUUAUUACUGUAUAUGUUUUAUGUUCAAUAAACAAACCAAAUAAUUUCCUGCUCAGUUUGUGGCCAAAAAUCCUCUGACAAGAGAACCUUAAAAAACACACCAGAACACACACUGGUGAGAACAAACAACAUGUAUGAAUCAGAGUUAAAAUGAUAAAUUCUAAAGAUUACAUAUAAUGAUAAAUCAGAACAAAGUUGAUAGAGAACGGUAUUGAAUUAUCCAUGAUGAAUACAAGAGAAAAUUGACACGAGUGCCAGGGUGUGGAUGUAUAUAAUCCCGAUACAAACCAAAAGUCGUAGAAAUAUCACGGUUAUGGGUAAAGUAUGAGCCUUAAUGGAGACUUCUUUCAUCUUACUUUUUUUCUUUUCUGAUUGAUAUAAAAUAAUUUAUUAUAUAUAAACACAUAAAGGGGUUGGGCUACAUGUUUUUUACUUCUUCCUACUCCCUUGACCAUAAUAACUGUUGAAUAAAGACUGAUUUCUUUCUUUUUACUAUUGUAUCUACCUUAUUUUCUGUCAAAUUAUUACUGUAUAUGUUUUAUGUUCAAUAAACAAACCAAACC